AUGUUUGGGCUCAAGCUGAAGAAGAAGAAGAAGAAAGCAGAGAAGGGGUUAAUCCUAGCCAAUAAGGCUGCCCAAGAUGGCCAAGGUGAAGCAGAAGUAUCACAGGAGGGCCCUUCUCACCAGGAAGGACUGGGAGGAGAUUUGAUUUAUGAUCAUACAUCUGGCACCCCUGUCCCUUCAGCUCCUUCAAAGAGAAGAUCAAAACUGUUGACUAAGAUCCAUGAUGGGGAGAUCAGAUCACAAAACUACCAGAUUGCCGUCACCAUCAUUGAGGCCCGCCAGCUGGUGGGUGAGAACAUUGACCCUGUUGUGAUCAUUGAGGUCGGGGAUGAGAAGAAGCAGAGCACCGUGAAGGAAGGAACCAAUAGCCCGUUUUACAAUGAAUACUUUGUGUUUGACUUCAUUGGACCCCAAGUGCAUCUUUUUGACAAGAUCAUCAAAAUCUCAGUCUUUCACCACAAGCUGAUAGGAAGCAUACUCAUCGGUUCCUUCAAAGUGGACCUGGGGACUGUGUACAACCAACCUGGUCAUCAGUUCUGUGACAAGUGGGCCCUGCUCACAGACCCUGGCGACAUCAGGACGGGCACGAAGGGGUACCUGAAGUGUGACAUCAGCAUGACUGGGAAAGGCGACGUCUUAAAAACCCACCCCAAGACUUCCGAUGCCGAGGAGCAAAUAGAAAAGAACCUUUUGAUCCCUAAAGGGUUUCCAUCAGAGAGACCCUGGGCCAGAUUCUACGUGAGACUCUACAAAGCAGAGGGGUUGCCCAAAAUGAACUCCAGCAUCAUGGCGAAUGUCACCAAAGCAUUUGUGGGUGACAGUAAGGACCUUGUGGACCCCUUUGUGGAGGUGUCCUUUGCUGGACAGACGGGGCGAACCACAGUGCAGAAGAACUGUGCUGAUCCCGUGUGGCACGAACAGGUGGUCUUCAAGGAAAUGUUCCCUCCUUUGUGUCGGAGGGUGAAAAUCCAGGUGUGGGAUGAAGGCAGCAUGAAUGAUGUAGCACUGGCCACCCAUUUCAUCGACCUGAAGAAAAUCUCCAAUGAACAGGAUGGAGAUAAAGGCUUUCUACCGACCUUUGGACCUGCCUGGAUUAACCUGUAUGGCUCACCCAGGAACCACAGUCUGAUGGAUGACUACCAGGAACUGAAUGAAGGCUUUGGAGAAGGUGUGUCAUUCAGGGGCAGAAUCUUGGUGGAAAUUGCUGUGGAGAUCCUUUCAGGAGGGAUGCAGGAAUCUAAAUUUUCCAAGACACUCAAGGAGCUCAAGUUGUCUUCGAAGGACAAAGAUUCCAAGUCUUCCAAAGGCUCCAGUAAAGACAAGGAUGAUAAGACCGAUGGUGGAAAAUCCCAGCAGGCUUCAGACAAGACCAACUCAACAGAGGUUGAGGUGGAACCUUUCGAUGUGCCCCCUGAGAUUAUACCAGAAAAAUAUGAGGAAUUUUUAGUCUUUGGAGCAUUUUUUGAAGCUACCAUGAUUGACCGGAGGAUUGGAGACAAACCCAUUAGCUUUGAAGUUUCUAUUGGUAAUUUUGGGAACCUGCAUGAUGGCGGGUCCUCUCAUGGGAGUAAGAAGAAGUCAGCGGAAUCAGCUGAAGAAGAAAUCCUCCCACUGCUGCAUGAAGGAGAAGGAGGUGCAGCCCAUAAUGUCGCCAUCCCUAUUGUCUCCACCACGCCCCCAGAGAAGCCACUCGUGACAGAAGGGAACAGGAACUACAACUAUUUGCCUUUUGAGGCCAAGAAGCCCUGUGUCUACUUUAUCAGUUCUUGGGGAGACCAGACGUUUAGGCUGCACUGGUCCAACAUGCUGGAGAAAAUGGCGGACCUGCUGGAAGAAAGUAUAGGAGAAGUGAGAGAAUUGAUCAAGAUUUCAGAGAAAGGAUCGGAAGACAAAAUGAAGACUGUGCUCAGUGACUUCAUCAGUCAAAGCAGUGCCUUUAUCUCUGAAGCAGAAAAGAAGCCCAAGAUGUUGAACCAAACCACUUUAGAUAAGAAACGACUUACGCUCUGUUGGCAGGAGCUGGAAGCAAUGGCCAAGGAGGCCAAGGCGAUCAUUCAGCAGCAGAAGAAGAAAUUAUCUCUUGAUGAAAUGAUCCACGAAGCCGAAAUCUUUGUGGAAAAAAUCCGCUUCCUCGUUGAUGAGCUUCCUGGAAAACGGCCAGCUGGUUGGUCAGUGCAAGCAAAGGUGGACGUGUACCUGUGGCUGGGCUCCGCCAGACACUCCAGUGCCAUUUUGGACAACUUGCCAGCAGGCUAUGAAGCAGAGAUGUCCUCCAAAGUGGCUGGCACCCCUCAACCCCCAACCAGCCUGCUCUACCCAGCCCAGCAUGUCUUUCAGCUGAGAGCACACAUGUAUCAAGCCCGGGGCCUCAUCGCAGCGGACAGCAGUGGACUCUCAGACCCCUUUGCCAAGGUCACGUUCCUUUCCCACUGCCAGACCACAAAGGUCAUUUCCCAGACCCUCUCCCCAACCUGGAACCAGAUGCUGUUGUUCAAUGACUUGGUGCUGCAUGGAGACCAGAAGGAGCUGGCGGAGUCCCCGCCUUUGGUGGUGGUGGAGCUAUAUGACAGCGACGCGGUGGGGAAGCCAGAAUAUUUGGGGGCCACAGUGGCUGCUCCUGUUGUGAAGCUAGCUGACGAGGACUAUGAGCCACCCAGGCUGUGCUAUCACCCCAUCUUUUGCGGGAGCCUCUCUGGAGGGGACCUCCUUGCUGUAUUUGAACUGCUGCAGGUCCCUCCAUCUGGGCCGCAAGGACUUCCUCCCGUUGACCCACCAGAUGUCACCCACCUCUACCCAGUUCCUGCCAGCAUUCGGCCAGUGCUGAGUAAAUACCGAGUGGAGGUUCUCUUCUGGGGAGUCCGAGAAAUGAAGAAGGUGCAGCUGUUGUCGGUGGAUCGCCCGCAGGUCCUCAUCGAGUGUGGGGGCCGGGGAGUCAAGUCCUGCGUGAUCCAGAGCUACAAGAACAACCCGAACUUCAGCAUCCAGGCAGACGCUUUUGAAGUGGAACUGCCUGAGAACGAGCUUCUGCACCCGCCCCUCAGCAUCUGUGUGGUGGACUGGAGAGCUUUCGGGAGGAGCACCCUGGUGGGCACCUACACCAUCAACUGCUUGAAGCAGUUUUUGUGUAAAUCCAAGGAGCUCCUGGCCCUCCCCUCAGAGGUGGAUGGAACCCAACCCAGUUGCCUGACCUGAUGUAUUUCCAUUUCACCUGUUUCAGAUUCGCUAAUAGCCUCUGAGCCUUCCGGAUCCCUCCGCUCCUCCCAGGAGCCACCAACAGAUCACAUCUAUGUGAAUGUUGAGCCACCUCCCACCGUGGUACCCGACUCUGCCCAGAUUCCACCAACCAGCUUGGUUGACAUCCCUGACUCAUCUCCAAUGCUUGAGCCUGAACUCAAACCUGCAGACGAGGAGCGACCAAAAGACGGCAAAGCUAAGGAUGCCAGGAAACCUACCCGAAAGUCAACCAAAAGGAGAAGGAGGACCAUAGCGGAUGAGUCUGCUGAAAACGUCAUUGACUGGUGGUCCAAAUAUUACGCCUCCCUAAAGAAAGCCCCGAAGGAGAAGGAGAGCAGUCCCAAGGAGAAAAGAGGUCAUGCAGGGGUGAAGCCAGAUGAGGUGGUGGUAAAUAUAGAAGAUGGGGCAAAGAAGAAGAAAGACAAAAUGCUCAAGAAGAAAUUCAAAGGAGAUGAAAUACCCAACCUGGCCGUCUUGCAGAUAUAUGAUGGUGACCUUGAGAGUGAAUUCGACCAUUUUGAAGACUGGGUGAAAACCUUUGAACUCUUCAGAGGCAAGUCCACAGAGGAUGACCAUGGCCUUGAUGGGGACAGAGUCAUAGGGAAGUUUAAGGGCUCCUUCUGCAUCUACAAGAACCCCAAGGAUUCCAGCACUGAGGACUGUGGGCAGCUGAGAAUCCUGCAAGGGGUUCCUCCCAACCACCCCGUCAAAGUCCUGAUCAGGGUGUACAUUGUUGCGGCAUUUAAUCUCAGCCCAGCUGAUCCAGACGGCAAAGCAGAUCCCUACAUUGUGAUCAGGCUUGGCAAAACAGAAAUCAAAGACCGGGACAAAUACAUCCCCAAACAACUGAACCCAGUAUUUGGAAGGUCAUUUGAGAUCCAGGCCACAUUUCCAAAAGAGUCCCUACUCUCCAUCCUCAUCUAUGACCAUGACAUGAUCGGGACAGAUGACCUCAUUGGUGAGACCCGGAUCGACCUGGAGAACCGCUUCUACAGCAGACACCGAGCCAUCUGUGGCUUGCAGAGCCAGUACGAGAUAGAAGGAUACAAUGCCUGGAGAGAUACCUCCAAACCUACCGAGAUCCUAACAAAGCUCUGCAAAGACAAUAAACUGGACGGACCCUACUUUCGCCCUGGGAAAAUACAGAUAGGAAAUCAGGUCUUUUCUGGAAAAACAGUCUUCACAGAGAAGGAUACAGAUGAGACAGUGGAGUCUUACGAGCACCUGGCCCUCAGGGUUUUACACUCCUGGGAGGAUAUGCCAGAGGUUGGGUGUAGGCUGGUUCCGGAGCACAUAGAAACUCGGCCGCUGUACCACAAGGAUAAGCCAGGAAUGGAGCAGGGCCGCCUGCAGAUGUGGGUGGACAUGUUUCCCAAAGAUAUGCCUCAACCUGGACCUCCAGUUGACAUUUCGCCAAGGCAACCAAAAGGGUAUGAAUUGAGAGUAACCGUCUGGAACACUGAAGAUGUCAUUUUAGAGGAUGAGAAUAUCUUCACAGGACAAAAGUCAAGUGAUAUUUAUGUUAAAGGGUGGAUAAAGGGUUUGGAAGAUGACAAGCAGGAGACAGAUGUGCAUUACAACUCCUUGACUGGCGAGGGGAAUUUCAACUGGCGCUUCCUGUUUCCAUUUCAGUACCUCCCAGCUGAGAAGCAAAUGGUUAUUACGAAGAGAGAAAACAUCUUUUCCUUAGAGAAGAUGGAGUGUAAGACACCCGCCGUGUUGGUGCUUCAGGUUUGGGAUUUUGAAACGUUGUCCUCAGAUGACUUUCUGGGCUCCCUGGAAUUAAACCUCAAUAGUUUCCCCCGAGCAGCCAAGACUGCCAAAGCCUGUGAUCUCGCCAAGUUUGAAAAUGCGAGUGAGGAGAGCAAGAUCUCCAUAUUUCAGCAAAAGCGCGUGCGGGGCUGGUGGCCGUUUGCUAAAAGCAAAGAACUCACGGGCAAGGUUGAAGCUGAGUUCCACCUGGUUACGGCAGAGGAAGCUGAGAAAAAUCCUGUCGGAAAAGCCCGGAAGGAGCCAGAGCCCCUGGCCAAGCCCAACCGCCCAAACACCUCCUUCUCCUGGUUUGUGAGCCCCUUCAAGUGCCUGUACCACCUCAUCUGGAAGAAUUACAAAAAGUACAUCAUCAUCGGUUUCAUUCUGAUUGUCCUUAUCAUCUUUCUGGUCCUCUUCAUCUAUACCUUGCCCGGAGCCAUCAGCCGAAGGAUCGUCGUGGGCUCCUAGAGAAUCUUGGAGGACCCAGACCCUCCCAUUCUGUUUAUCCUCUCUUCUCCCUCAUUUCUAAAUGUGUAAGAACAUGUGCUCUGUGCAGGCACUGUGCUGGGUGCUGAGGGGAUGAACCUAAAGGGCCCAAGAACCAGUCCCUCUGUCUAAGGACAAAUCAGCCCUUCUUGGAGGACACGGGAAAGGACCCUUCCCUGCCCCAAACCUGGUCACCGCCUUUCAAACUCACAAGCCUUAAGGCAUGUUCCCAGCAUGAAAUUAUGACUCCUUUGCCUCAGUGUAAUCAAUGGUGAUCUCACACUGACUUAGGUGAAUGUUUUCUUCAUGUAACUGGUUUUAUUCUGAGAGAUCUAAUUCUGGGCCUGAGAUUUAUUGAAAGUAUGUUCUUUUAAAUAAAAUUUUUACAGCAAA